ACGUGAGGCACUGGCACACGAUGCCCAGAGACAUUCUGGAUAUCCCCCAGUACCGGAGGUGUUCCAGGCCAGGCUGCAUGCAGCACUGGGAAGCUUGCUCUACGGCUGGAGUCUUGCGGUUGGCAACCGCGCCCUCGGCACUGAGUGGGAACGACGUGACCUCCGAGGCCCCUUCCAACCCAAGCCAUUCCGUGACACAAAGGGGGCCUACGGGACACCUGCAGUGGGAACCAUAAACGCGGACUGCAAUGGCAGGACAGGGGGCAACGGCUCGCAACUAAAAGAGAGGAGGUUCACACUAGACGUUAGCAAGAGACUUUGUCCUCUGAGGGGCGGUGGGGCACAGGAAAAGGUCACCCACAGAAACUGAGGACGCCCCAACACCGGAAGCCUCUCACGUCAGGCUGGAGGGGGCGUUGGGCAACCCGCUCUAGUGGAAGGCGGUGCUGCCCACGGAAAGGGGGUUGCUUGGAAGCGGACGGCACUUGAGGUCCCUUUCCAAACCAAACCACCCUCUCAUUCUACCAUCUCCUCAAGUCUCCUCAUCCUCAACACGUGCUUAAUAACUACAUCAGGGGGCUCGCCUCCAUAAGGCUUGUGGACUCCUCCUGGACACUCAGACAAACCUUUGGCCUCCGCAACGUAAGAUCCUUGCCUUACAACUAUCCGCCUGCUGGUCCAUUUCCUCCUUCUCACCGGAUGCCACACAAAGCAAGGAAAAGAAGAGACGACGGAGGAAGGAGACGCGGCGCCCGAGGAGCACCACAGCCGCAGUACCCGCUCGGAAGCAUCGCUUCCCUUUCUCAUUCCUCCUCAAGCACAAGCCUUUCCUACGUAUUCUCAGCAGCCUCCAACGCAGGCGGCGCUGCCUACUCCGACCACUACAACAGCCAACCCAGAGUUCCUCAUGCCGCCGGAAACUACCCAAGGUUCUUCCAACGCGCUUCACUUUGCAGUGCUUUCUAAGAAACAAGCACAGAAAGCAAGCCACGGGCAGCACACAUCUCAAGUCGAAAGACCAAGACCCAUUACGGCAUUAAGGCGUUACGUAAGAAAAGCAGAGUUGAACAGGAAGAGGGAUUUCACUGAAGGAUACACCAGAGCUCUCCCCGCAGGCCUAAGGGAAAGGAUGAAAACAGAUAUCUGCAGAACAGCUGACCCAGAAGAUUCCGCCCCACCACUUUCACAUCCCCCUUCCAACCCUUGCAGCCAGCCACCCAAAACACACCGCCGGACCAGGAUCUCCACCAACAGCCCCACGCACACCCAAGCCAUUUGCUCCCAGACCACAAAAACCAACAGCCAAAAGUGAAAGCCACAGACAAAAUCUCUCGGCAACAGGAAAGCGACGAAGGGAAAGAUGACACGCCACAUAAAGCCGGCACCGCGGCAGCACACAGACCACUGCCACCACCCAGCCCCACCAGGCGCCUGCCCACCACAACCAGAGUCCCACCAUGGCUGUGCCUGCAAGCCCACAGCACCCACGGGGCUACAGCAUCCUGCUGCUCACGCUCCUUAUGAAAGCUCUCGCCGCCGCCGCUACCGCCUGCAACCACCUUCGCCCCCAGGAUGCCACCUUCUCUCGUGACAGCCUCCAGCUCCUCCGGGACAUGGCUCCCAGCCCACCCCAGCCGUGCCCACAGCACAGCGCGCCAUGCUCCUUCAACGACACCAUCCUGGACACCAGCAACGCCCGGCAAGCUGACAGAACCACCCACGACAUCCUCCAGCACCUCUUCAAAAUACUCAGCGGACCCAGCACUCCAGCCCACUGGGUCGACAGCCAACGCCAAAGCCUCCUCAACCAGAUCCAGCGGUACACCCAGCACCUCGAGCAGUGCUUGGCAGGCAGCGACACGCGCUCCCGCACACGAUGGCCUCGCAACCUUCACCUCACCAUCAGCAAACACUUCAGCUGCCUCCACACCUUCCUCCACGACAACGAUUACAGCGCCUGCGCCUGGGACCACGUCUGCCUACGAGCUCGCACCUGGUUCCUGCACAUCCACGACCUCGUGGGCAACACGCGCACCUAGCCCCAAGCGCACCUCCCACCCUCUUCCUAGUUACCUAUUUAUUCAACUAUUUGUACAAACGGCUAUUUAUUCCUCUAUUUAUUCUUCUAUUUAUUCAGACAAAAUAAAGCUCUCCUUUCCAAAACUGCCUGCGACUGCCUCCUUUCGCUCAAUCACAGGAGCCCCUGGCGGGGGCAACCAACCCUGGGAUUCUCACACACCGCUCUGAAAACUCCGGUACCCGCUUACUUCUUCUGUAAACCUUGCAGGUCCAGGGAGAUCCACGAGGUCGCCACAAAAAGCGGACAAAGCAGGGACACCUGCGGCAGCAGGACCGGCCCGCUUUGACUAACAAAGCCAAAGCAAGAAGCUGAUUAUCACUUUCAGCACAGCAGCUUGACGGCCACAGCGGUACCGCGGGGACGGGCAGAAGUAGCCCUACAGUUAACUCGAGCCUUGAGUACGGUCAGCAAGAACGCAAAGGCGGCGUAUCACUGCAGUGCUUGACUCUUCACGCAAAUCCUGUCAAACAUCACCCCACACAGAGAAACCCACAAGCUUCAGCUUCUAAGGGGAAGCAGAGCAGACAAAGGUAGGGAGAAGGAAGGAGACAGCAGAGCUAAGAGACGGGAAGC